AUGUCUUCCUCUACCUUUAAAGUUCUCUCACUAAUCAUAUCAGCUUUUGCCAUUGUGCAAAUAACAAGGGCAGGUGACCCUGACAUACUCACUGACUUCAUAGCACCAAUUGGCCUCCCAAUUGAUGGAAACUUCUUCACCUAUACGGGCUUCCGUGUCCUUGUUGGACAAAACCCACCACCAUCUGAAUUUAAGGUAUUGAAGGCAAGCAUGAUAGAAUUCCCUGCUCUCAUUGGACAGAGUGUGUCUUAUGCUGUCCUUCAAUUCCCUCCUAGUAGCGUCAACCCACCCCACACACAUCCUCGCUCUGCUGAGUUACUCUUAGUUGCUCAGGGUUCCCUUCAAGUUGGGUUUGUGGACACAACCAAUAAGCUUUUCACACAGAAUCUUCAAGCUGGUGACUUGUUCAUAUUCCCAAAGGGUCUUGUACACUUCCAACACAACGCUGACACAAAGGUUCCUGCUCUCGCUAUAUCAGCCUUUGGUAGUGCAAAUGCUGGGACAAUAUCACUUCCCAACACACUAUUCAAUACCACCAUUGACGAUACUGUCUUGGCUUUGGCCUUCAAGACUAAUGUUUCUAUCAUUGAAACUUUGAAGCAAGGCUUUGCUCCCUAG